CCACUUUCUCAUCAAACACUUUCAAGUUAAUCAAACAAAGCAAUUUCUUCACUCUCACUUAAUGGCUUCUAUUUCACGUCUCUCUGACAUCCUCUCUUCACUUCUCUUACUAUCUCUCUCUCUUUCUCUUUCUAACACUUGCCUUGCCACGUCGAGAACGCUGUCAGCUCUUGUUGAGCAGCAACCGCUUGUUCUACAGUAUCAUAACGGUCCACUUCUCAAAGGAAACGUCACCGUUAAUCUUGUUUGGUAUGGAAAGUUCUCUCCCGCUCAAAGGUCUAUAAUCGUUGACUUCCUCAAUUCAUUCAGCUCUGCUACAGCCCCUAGACCUUCUGUUUCUUCAUGGUGGCAAACCACCGAGACAUACAAAGGCGGUCGGCGAUCUCUCGCUGUAGGGAAUCAGGUUCUUGAUGAAAAAUACUCACUGGGAAAAUUACUAAAAACCGAACAACUCAUUGCUUUAUCUUCGAAAGCAGGGAUUAAGAAUAAUGCGGUCAACGUUCUUUUGACAUCUGCUGACGUAGCAGUGGAUGGUUUCUGCAUGAGUCGUUGCGGGACCCACGGUUCUGGUCAAAACAAGAAGAGCAAAUUUGCUUAUGCCUGGGUUGGUAACUCGAUGAGUCAGUGUCCGGGUCAGUGCGCGUGGCCCUUUCAUCAACCUAUUUACGGGCCACAGACUCCGCCUUUCGUUGCUCCUAACGGAGACGUCGGAGUUGACGGGAUGAUCAUCAAUCUGGCAACAGUUUUGGCAGGCACGGUGACGAACCCGUUCAAUAACGGGUACUUUCAGGGGCCAGCAGACGCGCCUCUUGAGGCCGUUAGUGCGUGCACGGGUAUAUUUGGAAAAGGAGCGUAUCCGGGGUAUCCAGGGAAGGUAUUGGUAGAGAAAACGAGCGGAGCUAGCUAUAAUGCGAUUGGCAUAAAUGGCCGCAAGUAUUUGUUGCCCGCGAUGUGGGACCCGCGGACAAACACGUGCAAAACACUCGUGUGACCAAAAUAAAAUUAAGGCUGAUACCAAUACAAACACAAAAUGAUACAUGUAUGCCUACGUAAUGGUAACUGCGUGUAGAUACGUCUUUUUUUAAUUAGAGAUAUUUAAUGCUAGUAUGUUGUAAUUUUGUUGAGUACAAAUAAAAAGUGUGUAAAGACGUUUUCAUAUAUACCUGCAACUGAUAAGUAUAUAUUGUGAAUGUUGAAUGUUGCAAUGGUUUGUUUGGUCAAGACGGAGAAUGGAGAUUCUGAAUUUCUGAUA